AUGUCUCAGGCGAUGCCCGCUGCAUCCGGAGGCUUUGUUUCACGAGCGGAACGGUCGGCGAUGCGUAAUUUGGUGGGCACGCAGCCGGCAAUAGGACCCGGUGCGUAUGAAGUUGUGCGUAACCCGGAAACAAACCCGGCACCAGUUCCAUUCCACACAUCGUCGGAACGGGUAAUGGCAUUGAAUCCCACCACUUCGGCAGUUACGCCCGGGCCAGGAGCGUACGGGGUCAAUGGCGGCGGUCCCGUAGCCACUGGGAUUACUGGCCCCGCCUCACCUUUUGUGAGCGGUGUGCCCAGGUUGCCCACGGACCCAGACAGCCGCGCUCGGAUACCCAUUCCAGGGCCGGGUACGUACGACGUCGGGAACCAGUGGGUCAAGGGAGGGCAUCGCUACCGGUCGCAGGGAAGGGACGCCGCAGCCCGUGUGUCGCAAAUGCUGCACCGGCGCCCCACGGCCCCCUCGGUGCCGGGCCGGGGAGAGAGCUACGGCUAUGAGGAGGAGCCGGAUGGCACCCUGACCCUGCAGUCAUCUCCGGAGAAGCCGUACUCGGGCGUGGGCCAAGACAAGGUUGGGCCAGGGGCUUACGAGCUGGGAGGCACUGGCCCCUUCCCGCGGCCCUCGGGAACCUCCUGGAGCAACAGCAAAAGCGGCCGCCUGUACCAGUACGGCCCAGCCACUCCCGGCGUGGGUACAUACAACCUAGCGGAUGGGGGUUCCCGGCGCCACGGUGCCGGGCUGCUGGUUUCCAUCGGGGGCGUCGAGGUGGUGUUCGGAGGGACCACGGGCACCAGCAGCUUUGUGAGCAAGGCCCCGCGGCCGCUGCAAAAGCUUCCCCUGUCCUGGAAGCCCGUGUGUGCACGUUUGCAUCCCCACGCGAGUCUUCCUGAUCCCUCACCCGGCCCCGGAGAUUACAACAACCUCACCGAUCCUGUAGCUGCCUCCACCGGCAGCCCAUCUGGCAGCGCCCUGCGCUCCGUGUCUCCCGGAUUCGGAAUCACGGGGCCUCGGGGCAUCUGGGAGAUGGACCCCACCAAGGCGAAGUCCGCACCCACAUACUGGAGGAAUCCUGGGCCCGGGGCCUACGAGGAUCCACGGGUCCGAAAGCCCGGCACCUCAAGAAGACCAAUGGCGGUAGAUGGCGGUGCAGGAAGCGUGGACGCCACAACGCCCUUCCUGUCCACAUCGCUGCGAUUUGGACCAACAGAUAAUGCGGUCCCGGGACCUGGCGACUACCACCCAGACGCCGUGACGACUCUGGAGUUCGAUAUAUUCAAGAAGGCUUCAAUCUCGCGCCCUGCGGGCGCUUUCGGAGCCUCCACGGGGCGAUUCGCAUACAACAAGGGUGCUUCAUCGCCAGCGCGGUUAGUGGUGCCAGGAGUACUGGCAAGCGGGGAAGUGGCAGAAGGGGUCACGCCAGGGCCAGGCAACUACGACCCGCGGGUCACUUCAUCAGCAAAGACAGCGGUACCCGACCUCUCAGACUUUGACGGGACUACCCCCCUCAAGGGUGAUCCAACGCGGCUAGGACCCGGCUGCUAUAACCCGGAACGGCCCCUGGGGAGAUCGCGAUAUGGCAACACGCCCAUCAAGGCAGCACCCUUCGGCACGGAAUCGAAUCGCGCGAAUAUGGAACUUGCUUCCAAGACCACACCGGGUCCAGGGCGCUACAUACCCGGCGACCCGCAAGCUUUCAAGCCUACCACCAUACCGCCACCCAAGACGGGCUUCAGCGCGCAGGCGGACCGCUUCAAAUCCUCAACAACAUUUACGCCUGGCCCGGGGACCUACCAGGCGGGAGCCGAUUCCGCGUUUGUACGUAAAUCCUAUAACGUGACGUACGCCGGCACGGUCCAUGUAUAGAACGGGUGCCAAACACCGGCGGCCAUCCGAAAGCAUCUCCGCUAUUACUGAUGGCGAGUUUCGGGAUGCAUCGGGGUCAUUAGGUGCACUGACUGUGUACAUAUGGAGUUGCCAACAAGUGGGUAUGUGAACUGCUGCGAAGCGCAUUCUUAAUUUCUUACACUGAAGGUAUGUGAUGGACAACAUACGUCAAGCGUGGGUCCAAGACCUGCAGCUCUGCAAUUAAUGACGGAGUUUUUUUUCAUCUCGUCGAGCAACGUACGAUCAGAUGAUGGGGGGCCCAAGGGAUGGAAGCUUUUCCGUUCAGCAAGACUUGCAGGGAGCACGAUCUGAGUGAGAUGUGAAAGUUUGUCCUUUGUAUUGAUACACUUAAAGAACACGGAAGGACAUCCAUAAGAUGUGGAUAUGGCAGGAUUUGAGUGCUUGACGCCAAAACUACCGUGCCGAGGCUGUCGCAGCCAGUUUUGGCUUAGUGGGCGGGUUGGAAAUCAGGUGGAACUGAAUUUGGACUACUGACCUGCCAAUUCAAGGCUCCCUUUCAGCAAAGCUGAAAAAGCUUUGAAAGUGGAACCCUGUCCUUAAAUCUGGCAAAUGUGGAUUCCAGCCAGGUUGAAGGACACACCUGACAGGUGUCUUAUAUGCACCGACUAGACCUGGCUGGACGCAUGAGAGGACAGACAGGCAGCUUCUUGCAAAGACACCUCGACUGUGCGUUCCAGUAUGUCCGUGUACUUGGUAAGACGCAAAACCCUUGCGGCUGCGUCUCCGAAUUAUCCAGGACAAUUAACCUGGUGUAAACCUACUAGAUUACACCACAAUUGGUGAUGCGAUGCGCGCAAAGUCUCGCCCUAAUUGGUAUCCCACCGAUGGAGCGUGCCGCUCCCAACGUGCAGAACGAAUGACGUGGCUCGAGUGCUCCAUGGCGGAGGAAGCGGUAAUGCAGCGGGACUAUGACAGUUCGACGUCCUUGCACAAACCAGAAAUGCUACAAUGGUGCUUACCAUCCUCAAGCAACUGAGCCCCGCACAGCACACGUUUCAGUCCUGCCCUAAUCAUCGAGUGAGCGGAGUAAAUCAUCAAGUAGCUCACGUAACGCGGCCAUUGUCCGCUUUUCCACAAUCCAGGAAAGGCGCAUUGCCAGAUAGCCGCAAUCCUGCCGCCACUAACGCUCUAGGUGACAGCAGGAGGCAAGCACCUCGGCCCAAGGCACGGAAAUCGCUAACACUGAACAGAAGAUCCCCACCAUUUUCGUACAAGCAAGCCGUCUGGAAUAUCUGGCAUGCGAUCAGCAUUGUACAUGGAACAUUUAAAGGUUAGACAUGAUCUCGCUGGUCACGUAAGGCGAAACGCACACGCAGUUCCCUUCCAACGAACGAUAGCGCAGCGUGGAAAGCUGCUAAAAGCGUCUAAUUAUCAGUUGCCUGCAUCAGUUACAAAAAUGGCAACCCGGUUGGGAUGUUACUAUCCUGAAGUGAAGUGUGGCGUUGACAAGCUCUCAAACCUGCUCAGUCACCAGCCUAAUGGCCACCUGAAGCCGAACCCUGCGUAGGUCAUAACAGCGCCGCCAACAUGGUCUCUGGGAACCAUUUAGGCUCCGACCACUAAACCAGCCUCACGAUACAUGGUGGCAUAUUUCUUCAAAAGGCCACCCAACUUGUCCGCAGACCCGCUGCAUGAAAAUGUCAUGCC